UUUUGGCACACAGACCUCGUUCCCACGGGGCUUUGUCUGCUCCGUGUGUGACGUGUUAUCUUUUGCGACCGCAGCACGGCAACUGAAAGGUCCCCCCCCAUGACAUACAUGGCUGGUUCCUCCUCAUGUGGAGUAAUGAAUGCGCAGGCGCCGGCCGCGGCCUUCUAUGUGGCAGCAGGGCCGGCCAUGCAUGGAAGUCAACUGUUGUAUCCUCAGCCCAUGGGCUUCAUGGCCAUGGUGGCCCCGCCGAUGCCGGAUGGCAUCAUGGCGCAGCCCUGCGGCAUGAUCCCUGCGGCGAAGCCCAAGGCCAAACCCGCCGCACCCAAGAAGCAGAGGUCGCGGGAAGAGCCCAAAGCGCGGGCAAAGGAGGCCGACGAUGAGGAGGUCUCAGGCAGAGGGGUGAUCUCGUUGCUUCAGGAGUUUGUGCAGUGCUCCAAGAACUUCCCAACCCCUCAGCAUCGGCCGAUCCUGCAGUGGACAUUUGACACCCACAUGGCCGACAACACCAACUUAGAAUUUCGGGCGCAGGUCUCGUUCCUUUUGGACGGCGUGCCACACCAUGUGGCGGGCGCCUGGCAGCAGUCCAAGAAGCUCGCGCAGCGGGACACUGCUGAGCGUUGCCUAGGCCUCUUCGUUGGGUGCUGGGGCGCCUAUCUACUGCAGACCACCGAGAGCACUGGUCCAGACGUGGACCUCCAAGAGGACCCCGUUCAGGCUCUUCAGAAGUUCUGCAGCACUUUCCGGCCGUGCCACGGACAGGGCCCGACCUGGUGCAUUGAUAUGGAGGCCGGACGCUGCAAAGCCACCGCCGAGAUCAACCUCCUGGGCGUGAGGCACAGUUUCGCUGGUACACCAGCAUGCCAGGUUCAGGAAGCCAAGGAGGAUACGGCCCGCCGUGUCCUAUGGUAUUUGCAAUGCCCCGGUUAUGAGACCCUCUUCGAGCCAGAUGUGCAGGGAGUGGCUGCUGUGGCCAAGGAGAUUCCCACACCUCCCUCCAAUUGGGUGACUCUCAGCGAGGAUGAUGAGUCAGUCCAGGCUGCAGAACGAAAGACUGCGGUGAUGCGACUACAGAACCGCCUGCAGCAGAGCUUCGCUAAGAAGCUGAAGCCCGGACAAGGUGUAUGGGAAUGGUCUUAUGAGACCGAUGCUCGGGAUGAGAGCUGGCCACCCCUGCAGCGAGCCACCGUUCACGUCCCCGUGGCGCAGCAGUCCUUCACCGGGCCCUGGAAACGGGGCCAGAGGGAGGCUCAGCUGGAGGCCUGCCAAUUGCUGCAGACCUUUCUUGAUUCUUUGGAGCGGCCCGAGGACACCGCAUGCGGAGCCAGCCGGUAAAUCGCGUUUCAGCUGUGUGUCAAUAACCACGUUGGACAUUCGCCACAGCGUGCAAGCCAGAUGUUGGCCAGCCAAGAUCUGUGUUGAGCGGUAUUCUUCGUCUCAGCUCGGCCAGACCGUCUAGACGCCUGUGGUCUCAGAAGACCCACAGGACUGGCAACGAUGAGAUGAAACUCAUUCAGAGGAGACUCAGUUUUGUCCCCUUAGUCAGGUUGGGACUGUGGGGAUCAAUUCGGCGUUGGUCUUAGGCCCGUGGGCAUCAGUUGCCAAUGUAAAGCUGGGAGUGCUUUGUGUGGACUUUCCGAUCAAGCUGCUGCCGGGCUGACCUUGGUCUGAA